AUGCCACGAUCAGAAAACCCUUUGGCUAAAGCAACACCCAGUGCAUCAACUCCUUCUGAAGAUCGAGUUUCUACGUUGCCAGUGAUAGAAGAAAACAAAGCCAAAGAUGAUGAUACUGCGAUCGAUUUCAAGAAGUAUGAUCAUUUGAUAGACAUGGAAUUGGAGCGUUGUCGUCUAAGUCAUGAGCUAUGUAAAGAAUGGAUGUCAUUAGGUGUGUCUAGUAUAAGUCGCGAGGCAUUUUUUAUGUAUAUGGAUCGAACCAAAGCACCGGAUUAUAUCGUUCUGCGCCGAGAGCUACAAAACUUUAUUGAAUUCGCACUUGAAGAGCAGAAGAUCUCUUCUCAAAGAGGUUCCAUUGUACCGAGAAACCCCGAGAAAGAGGUUCCUGGAAACAAAACACUGGCUGUGGUUAAAGUAGGAAGUUCAUCGCAAAGCUCCGAGAGACUACCAAUCAGUAAGAAUGCCCAGACUCAGGAUAAUCGCAGUAUCGAUAACGUUGAUGUGGAUGAAGAAAUUGUGUCAAAAUCGGGUUCUCAAGCUGCAGGUAAAAGUUCCAAUGGAAGAGCUACCGAUAGCCGGCGCAAUCGGGCUGAGCAUAAUGAAAAUGCUGUGAUCGAACCUGAGAACACUUCAACAAUUGUGUCCACCUCUAAAUCCAACUCACAACCAACAACCAAAUCUGUCCUUACAGACCAAGAAACAAAGCGUUGCCGCGAAAAGCUCAGAAGCAUUUUGAUGGCAGAUGAUGAUGGAUUUGGGAAAGAGGAAAAUAAAUGUACUCCUUCAGCAGUCCAGUUCGAGUUACAAUUUUACCGCAAUGGCUUCAUUGGAUUUGGCUACAAACUUUGUGACUUGAUCGGCGUCUCGCAAAAAGAUUUCGAUGAAUUCAUGGUUUCUGCCUUUGGUAUGUCCCAAAAGGAGGGAAGUCAGAAUGAAGUCUGCCGAAGAAGUUGGGACUUACUGCGGGAAUUGGAGAAGGAGAGAAGAGAUGAGGCUAGUUCGAAUGGGAAAACUAAGCAAACAAGUUCAUCUGGAACCAAAAGGGCCCCCGGUGGAGAAGCCGAGGGCGUACCGAAAAAGAAGAAAAGAAACAUUCAGAAUGAGGAUCCAAUGGAUCUUAUUGCGAGCAUUGGGCUGGACGACGAUGAGGAUGGAGUGUAUGGUGCGAUUGAGGUAUACGAUACUUGCGACUCACUCCGAGAAAAAAUCCAAGUGUAUUUGGAUGAAACAAGCGUCAGCCAAACGGCGUUUUGUCGCGCGAUAUCAAAAUCACUAGACGACCAAAAAGUAACGCCCUCACAGCUCAAAUUCUUCAUGUCAAGAAGCGGAGCAAAAGCUGGAAAAACAUCUCUGGCAUUUUAUGCAGGCUACUGCUUCAUGGAAAAAGUUAGACUUGUCGAAAAGAAAGAAAAAAGUGCGUUCCGAUUGGAAAUGGAGAACAUUUGGGAUGGAACUCAACCAUUUACUUACGGACGAAUGGGAUUUGAUAUUUGGACACCAGAAGAUCAGACCUUCUUUGUGUCUGCGACUUCAAUAUUGGAGAUUGAUGAAUAUGGUGUUAUGUAUUCCGUCCAGUGA